GGUCAGACCAGUUUUCCAUCCAUCGCAGUGGCUUCUGUUUUCUCCAGAUGUUUAUCACGAAGAGGCUCCAAAAAGGCUAUUUUUCUGCUUCCCCUGUCUCUCUGGUGUUUUGAUAUUGUUGCUAACGGGCAAGGUUAAAAUGAACUGGUCAUCUGAGAGUCAUGGAAAACAUGGAACCAAGACUUAAGCAGGCCCUCUAUUUUCGCUGUGAAAGGGGACUCGACUGGGUUCCUGUGUGCCAGAAGUGUGAAACCUGUGUCUUAGCGUGGAAGAUCUUUGCUACCAAAGAGUGGUUCAGGAGGGUCAGCGACAUAUCCCAGAGGAGGUUUCUAGUUAGCAUCCUGGGGCAGUUAAAUAGCCUGUAUUUGUUGCACUACUUCCAGAAUAUUCUACAGACCACCCAGGGGAAGGACUUCAUCUAUAACAGGUCUCGGAUCAAAUUCAGCAGGAAGGAGGGAAAGGAGGAGAAGGUUGUGAAGUCCUCCUUGAACCAGAUGUUGGAUAAAACAGCGGAGCAGAAGAUGAAGGAGAUCCUGUACUGGUUCGGCAACAGCACCCACCGGACCAAGGCCAACUACACCCUCCUGCUGCUGCAGAUGUGUGACUCAAAGUUACUGCUUACUGCCGCCGAUGCGAUCAGAGUCCUGUUCGUCAAAGAGUGGAACAAUAUCUCAGGCCUCAAUCAAGACUCCAACAAUAUAAUGUUUUUCCCCGAGAAAAGCUACAACCCUGCAUCUGACACUUCAUAUGUCUAUUGGGCAGCUAAACCCAAACCCAUGUCGUUCCCUAUGUCCAGACCUUCGCGCAAUAAAAUGGGGGCUGAAAAUGAGAAAGACGCUACUGAGGAAAAAGGGAAGAGUUCACUCCAGUGUAUUUCUGAGAUGAAUAAACAGAUUUCUGGAAAAGCGGGUGUAUCAAGGCUGGCAGAUGAUCCGUGCAACCUGCUGCUGAGCCUGGAUGAGGUUCAAGUCCUGUCUUCUGGGUCCAGCAAAUAUCGGGACUUUAUCCGUUACCUGCCCCUCCACAUCUCCAAGUACAUUCUAAGAAUGCUGGAUAAGAACAGUCUGAACAAGUGUAUCUUUGUGAGCCAGCACUGGGCCGCUCUGACCCAGCAGGUCAAGGUGGACCUGUCCAUGCACUCCUUCAUCCAGAACCAGAUUACUCUCCUGCAGGGGUCCUACACAAGGGGAAUAGAUCCUAAUUAUGCCAGCAAAGUCUCCAUCCCAGUCCCUAAAAUAGCAGAUGACGGGAAGCGCUCGCGAUCAAAAAGUCAGAAGUGGAAACUGAGAACAAAGAAUGAUUACAACUUGUGGACUGCAUACCAGAACCAGGAAACUCAGAUGGUGCAGAUGGAGGAGAGGAACGUCUUCUGCGGCACCUACAACAUCCGCAUUCUCUCUGACACGAAGGACCAAAACAGAAUCAUCCACUAUACUGGGGGGGAUCUAAUGGCCGUAUCAUCCAAUCGGAAGAUCCACCUUCUGAACAUCGUGCAGGCCAAGGAGAUGCCCAUCGAGUUCCGAGGCCAUGCGGGCAGCGUCAGAGCUCUCUUCCUGUCUGAUGAGGAGAAUGUCCUUUUCAGUGGGAGUUACGACCUGAGUAUCAGAUACUGGGAUGUGACAACUGGGGCUUGCAUACGAAUCUUCUAUGGCCACCAGGGGACAAUCACUUGCCUGGAUUUAUAUAAGAACAGGCUUGUAUCUGGAGCAAAAGACGCACAGGUGAAAGAAUGGGACAUAGACACGGGGAAGUGCCUGAAGACAUUUAAACACAAAGAUCCCAUCUUGGCUGCCAGGAUCAGCGAGACCUACAUCGUGAGCAGCUGUGAGCGAGGCAUAGUCAAGGUGUGGCACAUUGCCACAGCUCAGCUGCUGAAGACUCUCACGGGACACGAGGGAGCCGUAAAGUGCCUGUUCUUUAACGAGUGGCAUCUCGUCUCUGGAGGUGCCGAUGGCCUGGUCAUGGCCUGGAGCAUGGUGGGAAAGUAUGAGCGGUGCCUGAUGGCCUUCAAGCAUCCUAAAGAGGUGCUGCAGGUGUCUCUUCUCUACCUCCGGGUCAUCAGUGCCUGUGGAGACGGCAAGAUUCGUAUUUAUAAUUUCCUCAAUGGGAACUGUCUGAAGGUGAUAAAAGUCGAUGCCAGAGGUGACCCUGUGCUAACCUUCUUUUAUCAGGGCAACAGGAUGGUGGUCCAGACAGACAGCAAUAUCCUCCUGUUCCAGUUUGAAAACGUAAAAUGGCAGUAUAACAUGGACAGAGGCAAAGCAAAGAAGAGCAAGGAUAAGGAGGAGGAAAGGGAAGAAAUGAGCACUGGGAAUAUGUAUUCCAAGUCCAGCAUGCAGAUUCACAGCCUGAGAGAAUCUAUGUCUAGUAAACAGGAAUUGCUAUCAAAUAAACCUCCGAAGGCCCGAAUCUAUCCGAAGUUAAACAUGAAGCCAUCUUCAGAAAUAUAUGACCAAGGAAAAGCAAGCACACCCCAGAGGGAUGGCAAGAAGAGAGAUGGCGGUGUCUUGGAAGAUGCGCUAGAGAAACAUGAAGAAGCAGAUGAUGUGGAAAGUCCUGUAGAGGAAAUCAGACAUCCAAUGAAAAAGUUCUGGAAAGUCCCUAUGACACCUGACCGACUCCUUCUGACUGUCAAUGCUUUGCAACAAGCCCACAAUUCUGAAGAAUUUGCGUAUCCCCACCGACCCCAAACUGCAAUCAUCGAUGCCUGGGGACCUUCAAUUCCGUAUCCAAGGAAAGUCCUAAGUUUCAAAGGAAAAUCAGUCCAACAUGCAGUUGGUCAGCUGCGAUCCAGCAACCUUCCUACCGAUGUGAAACAAACCAAUAUUCCCCUUGAAAUCCAGAAACUGCAGCCCAACUUGAAACAAUCCCUGCAUAGUCCCAGAGUCCAGUCCACCAUACCCCAGCCCAGACUUAUCCGUUCCAGAAUGUCUGAUAGUUUAAGGGGUGAAGAGCAGCUGACCAGUUCAAUCGAUGGGGCGAUGCGCCGUGCUGGCCCUUUGACCAGCAUGCAGGUCAUUAAACCAAACCGAAUGCUCGCUCCUCGUGGCGGCACAGCUACCCUGACUCUCAAGAAAGAACGGCCACGUUUCUACACAACCCUGGAUCCUCUUAGAAUGAACACCGGGUUCAUGCUGUUGACUGUGAAGGAGGAGAAAGAAUAUGGAGAAGCCAAGAUGAAGGAAUAUCAAGCCAGUGAAUCCACUAAAGUCGUCGACCCAGGUAAAGCCAGCAAAGCUGCGUGGAUUCGUAAGAUCAAAGGCCUGCCUAUUGAUAAUUUCAUGAAGCAAGGGAAAACAGCGGCUCCUGAACUUGGACAAAAUGUAUUUAUCUAA